AUGGCAAGAGGGAUGAGAGGAGCUCAUCUCCUCGCUGUUUUUUUUACCAUUUCAAUAACACUUUUCAGGGACGCAGAUGGACAAGGAAUCUUUAAUGACUUAACAGGUUUUAGUUUGAGUCCUCCGUAUUUUAACCUCGCUGAUGUGUCUAGUAUCUCUGCCACAGCAACCUGCGGACAGGAUGAGGCUGGGACACCGAGAUAUGAAUUAUACUGUAAACUUGUCGGAGGACCGAACUACGGACUUCUUUCUCAAAAUAUUCAGGGUCAGUACUGUGACUACUGCAACGCCAUUGACCCAAACAAAGCCCACCCGGUUACUAACGCUAUCGAUGGGACAGAGCGGUGGUGGCAGAGCCCUCCUCUCUCCAGCGGCCUGGGCAACAACGAAGUGAAUGUUACCCUGGACCUUGGGCAGCUCUUCCAUGUGGCGUACGUCCUCCUCAAGUUUGCUAAUUCACCUCGACCUGACCUCUGGGUGCUGGAGCGCUCUGUGGACAACGGGAGAACCUUCACCCCCUGGCAGUAUUUUGCACAUUCAAAGCGUGAGUGUAUUGAAAGGUUCGGAAAGCAGCCCGAUGCUCGUAUAGUAGAUGAUGAUGACCAGAUUUGCACCACAGAAUACUCACGAAUCGUCCCUUUGGAGAACGGAGAGAUUGUGGUGUCUCUGGUCAACGGUCGGCCGGGGUCCAGAAACUUCACCUACUCGCCAGUGCUGCGAGACUUCACAAAGGCCACCAACAUCCGCCUGCGCUUCCUCCGCACCAGCACCCUGCUGGGACACCUGAUCUCCAAGGCCCAUAGAGAUCCCACAGUCACACGCAGGUAUUACUAUAGUAUCAAAGACAUCAGCAUUGGUGGACGCUGCGUUUGCCAUGGGCAUUCACAGUUGUGUGGUGGUGGGCGGAACCAGGAAAACCCAAACAGACUUCAGUGUGAGUGCCAACACAACACCUGCGGUGAGUCAUGUGACCGCUGCUGCCCAGGCUUUCACCAGAAGCCAUGGCGUGUUGCAACUGUUGACAACCCCAAUGAGUGUCAACCCUGCAAGUGUUUCUCCCAUGCCUUUGACUGUUAUUACGACCCAGAGGUGGAAAGGAGGGGAGCAAGUUUAGACACCUUCGGGAGGUACGACGGAGGAGGAGUGUGCAUCAACUGCCAGCACAACACUGCUGGAGUGAACUGUGAACACUGCCUUGAAGGUUUCUACAGACCUUAUGAAGUACCUCACGAGUCUCUCACUGGAUGCAUACCCUGCAGGUGCGACGAAAGGACCACAGCCGGCUGUGAAAUGGGGUCUGGAAGGUGUAUCUGCAAGCCCCAGUUGGCUGGAGAAAACUGUGAUCGCUGUGCUGACGGAUACUAUUACUACCCUCAGUGCAUUCCAUAUCCCGUAUACCAGUCGACCAAAUCCCCUGCAGGACCUAUUGUGGGGCCCACCGCUUGCCCUGUGGGUUAUUUCGGCUCACCCAACUGUCAGCAGUGUGUAUGUGACUACAGAGGGACAGCGUACGGGGUGUGCGAUGCUUUAGGCCGCUGCCUGUGCCGUCAGGGUGUGGAGGGGGAGCGAUGCGACCGCUGUCGACCAGGAUACCACUCCUUCCCAAACUGCCAGGCAUGUGUCUGUGAUGGGGCUGGUGUGGCUGACACUGUGUGCAGUCCAAGUGGCCAGUGUAUUUGCUUUCCCAAUUAUGCAGGGCAGGAGUGUGACGAAUGUGCACCCGGCUACUAUGGAUACCCAGACUGUGCUGUCUGCCAAUGUUCACAGGAAGGCUCACAUGGCAGCCUAUGCAACCCACUGUCGGGUCAGUGUCUGUGUCUCCCAGGGGUGGUGGGGCAGCAGUGUGACCGCUGUGCCUCUGGACUCAGGUUCCCCCAGUGCUCAGCCCCCAUAAGUGCGUGUAACCGAGACGGAACUGAGGGCACCGAUCAUCAAACGGGCUCCUGCCGCUGCUUGGUAAACGUGGAGGGAAUCUUGUGUGACAGGUGUAAACCUCUCUACUGGAAGCUGGCUGCAGAAAACCCCCGUGGCUGCACAGAGUGUCAGUGUGAUGUGAAAGGGACCCUAAGUGGUGUUGGAGAGUGUGAACAGAAAAAUGGACAGUGUCCCUGCAAGCCUUAUGCAUGUGGACAUGCAUGUGAAACCUGCAAGGAUGGAUACUUCCUGCUGCAGAAAAAGAAGUAUUUGGGCUGUCAAGGCUGUCAGUGCGAUGUAGGCGGUGCCAUUGGCAUGGCGUGCGAUGAGACAUCGGGACAGUGUUGGUGUCGUAAGAAUGUAGUUGGCCGUGAAUGCACUAAGCCGGCACCAAGCUUCUACUUCCCCGCUCUCCACCAACUGAAGUUUGAAGUCGAGGAUGGCACCACUCCAAAUGCCAGACCGGUGCGCUUUGGUUAUAGCGACCAAGAGUUCCCAGAUUUCAGCUGGAGAGGUUAUGCUGUAAUGUCUCCUGCACAGAGUGAAGUCAAAGUAACAGUGCAUGUUGACCCAAAAGAUGAGAAGCAGCAAUUAUACCGCGUGGUUCUGCGGUUCACUAACCCGAGCAGCACCAGUGUGACCGGUAGCAUCAAGGCUACCAAUAACAGAGGCACUGCAGGGUCAGAUCAGAGUAAGGAAGUAAUAUUCCCCGAAAGUCCCUCCCCAUCCUUCCUCACCGUCCCAGGAGAAGGCUUCGCUGAGCCCUUUGCAUUGACCCCUGGGACAUGGAUCAUUCACAUAAGGGCGAAGGGGGUGCUGCUGGACUAUUUAGUGCUGCUGCCCCGGGAUUACUAUGAGGCACCUUUGCUGCAGGAGAAGAUCACUCAGCCCUGCACAUACUUACUCACUGCAAACAAGGAUACAAACUGUCUGCUGUUUAAGCAUGUGUCCAUGGAUGGCUUCAGCUCUGCUCUGGGCUCACAAGGCACACUCACCAGCCGCAGCGGGCGCAGGAGGAGGCAGGCUCGUGUGCGCCGUCCCACCCCAGAUCACCCUGAGAUGGCCGCUCUCAAUGGCAGACAGUCGCAGCUUGAACUCAGUCUACGUGUGCCUCGUCCUGGCCCAUACGCCCUCAUCCUGGAGUACGCCAGCGAGGUGGACGCCGUCCAGAAUGUCAACGUACUCAUCAGUGGUCCGUCAGGUAGCCAGAUCCAAGCCAGGGCCAACAUUUACAGUUGUGCCUACAGCUUUUUGUGCCGGAGUGUGGCAGUGGACAACAGUAAUAAAGUGACAGUGGUGCAGCUUUCCCACAAGACAGAGGUUCUUCUGCAAACUUCCACUACAUCAUUCCUGCUGUAUAAAGUCUAUGCAGUCCCUGCAGAGGAGUUCUCCAUAGAGUAUGUAGAACCUAAGGUGCUUUGUGUCUCCACUCAUGGCCACUUCACUGAAGACUGUCGAGACUGCGUUCUGAGUCAAUUCGACAAGCCAACGUCAGCCUGGAUUUUGUAUGCUGCCCGUGACGGACAGCUAUCUUCGGUACCUGCUGUUUCUCCCCAACAAGGAGAGAAUGAGGAUUGGAGACGGAGACGACAGACUGGGGUGUUUCCUGUCCGUGAACCUCAGAGUGAUGGGAUUCUGCUUAAAUUCCCUCAGACGGAGAUCAAUUUCACACCCAAUGUUCCCCUCCCGGGCGUGUAUGUGGUUGUGGUCCAUUAUCACCAGCCUGAACAUACAUCCUUCCCCGUAGAGGUCCGAGUGGACGCAGGGCGUGAGUGGAAGGGUUCAAUAAAUGCAUCCUUCUGCCCUGCGGUCUCAGGCUGCAGGGCGGUUGUCGUCGCUGACAGCCGCAUUGCCCUUGACUUUGACCAGAAUUCUUGGCAGCUGCCCACCAUCUCUGUAAUCGUGCCACCUGAGAAGACACUUAUUCUGGAUUAUAUCUUGUUGGUGCCUGAUAGCAGUUACACCCCAGAUCUCCUGAAAGAGAAGCCGCUUAAUAAAUCUGCAGAUUUCAUACAGCAGUGUAGAGGAGAAGGUUUCUAUAUUGACCCGAGAACUUCUCCCCAGUUCUGCAGAGACUCUGCCCGUUCUCUUGUGGCGGCCUAUAAUAACGGAGCACUACCUUGCAACUGUGACAAGUCCGGCUCUACGGGGACUACCUGUGAGCCGGUGGGAGGACAGUGUCCCUGCAGCGAGCAUGUCAUUGGUCGUACGUGCACAAAGUGUGCCACGGGAUACUACGGCUUCCCAUACUGUAGACCGUGUGAGUGUGGCCGCCGACUGUGUGACGAGGUGACAGGAAGCUGUAUCUGCCCUCCUCAGACAGUCAAACCUGCCUGCGAUGUGUGCCAGAGUCAGACUUUCAGCUAUCACCCGCUGCUGGGCUGCGAGGGCUGUGAAUGCUCUCCAAAUGGCAUCAAAGCCAACGCAGGGCCCGACUGUGACCGAACCACUGGACAGUGCAGUUGCAAGCCUAGGAUUGGUGGCCGGCAGUGUGAUCGCUGCGCUGCAGGUUAUUAUCGCUUCCCUGACUGUGUACCUUGUAACUGUAACAAAGGUGGCGUCACAGCCGACAUCUGUCACCCAGACACAGGGAGGUGUCUCUGCAAGAAAAAUGUUGCUGGCGUCAAGUGUGAUACCUGUCGGGAUGGUUCCUUCUAUUUUGAUCCCUCCAACCCUCACGGCUGUACCAGCUGCUUCUGCUUCGGAGCGACUGACCAGUGUCAGAGCUCCAGCAAACGCAGGGGGAAGUUUGUUGGGAUGCAAGCCUGGCGUUUGGAAAGCCCCGACCAGGAGGAGGUUGCCUCUGUGCUGAACACAGCCAGUAACACAGUAGUGGCAGACAUCCAGGAGCUUCCUCCCACAGUUCAAACUCUACACUGGGUGGCACCAUCGUCCUACCUGGGAGACAGGGUUUCAUCUUAUGGUGGUUUCCUCACCUAUCAGUCCAAAUCCUUUGGGAUUCCCAGUGAGGGGAUGACUCUCAUGGACAGGAGACCAGAUGUUGUGCUGACGGGUCAUGAUAUGACCCUGAUCCACAUGGCUCCCCAAGUCCCACUUCCAGACAAGCUGUAUCAAGGCAGAGUCCAGCUGUUGGAGGGAAACUGGCGCCAUGCCGUCAGCAACAGGCCUGUCUCCAGAGAGGAACUAAUGACGGUCCUGACCGGUCUGAUUGGCCUGAGGAUCCGAGCCUUGUACUUCACUCAGAGCCAGAGACUCAGCUUAGGGGAGGUUGGCAUGGAGGCGGCGACUAACACCGGGACUGGUGGUCCUGGAAACACUGUGGAACAUUGUUCCUGCCCCCCUCAGUACACCGGAGACUCCUGUGAGAAAUGUGCUCCUGGUCACUACAGAGAUGGCAGUGGGCUUUUCCUGGGCCGCUGUGUGCCUUGUGAGUGCAAUGGUCUGUCUGAAGAGUGUGAAGAGAAGACAGGGAGGUGCCAGAACUGUCAGUACAACACAGCCGGGGACCGAUGUGAACGCUGUAAAGAAGGUUACUAUGGAAACGCGGCUCAAAGGACAUGCAGAGUUUGCCCGUGCCCAUUCAGUGUGCCUGCAAACAGUUUUGCAAUAGGCUGCAAAGAGGUAUUUGGAGACUUGGAGUGUAUAUGCAGAGCAGGCUACACUGGAGACAAGUGUGAGAGUUGUGCUCCUGGCUACUACGGUGAUCCUCUGACACCAGGGGGAAGUUGUCGGCCCUGUAAUUGCAACGGCAAUAGCAAAAACUGUGAUUCCAAGACUGGAGUUUGCAAGAACACCCUGGAGCCGGGAGACACAAACACAGAUGAACACUGCCAAGAGUGUGAUAAUUGUGCCCAGACUUUACUACAUGGUCUGGAGAAGCUGGAUGAUGAGCUGGGAAGGAUCAAAACUCAACUGGACAACGCCUCUGCUAGUGCCUCCUCUCAGGACAGGAUGAAGAAGCUGGAAAAAGCUGUGUCGGACACCAAGAUUCUUGUGAACACCUUCAACUCUGCCAUCAACACCCAAAAGUCCAGAGUCAAUCAGCUGGAAGACGAUGUGAGCAAUCUCACAGAUGACAUCGACUCGCUCAAAGACAAGGCAGAUAAGAGGGCUGCAGAUGCUGACAAGGCAGUGACAGAUGUUGGAAAAACCCACAAGAAGGCUAAUGAUCUGGACUCAGACAUUCAAAACAUGCUCAAGAAAAUCCAAGCUCUGCUGGACCAACUGAAGGAGACAGGCACCAGUGGUGACAGCAUGGCCAAUGAAAACCUGUCUCAAAUGCUAGACGAUGCUCAGCGCAUGGUGAAGGAGCUGCAGGAUAAGAACUUCACCCCUCAGAAGGCAGCUGCCGAGAAAGAAAGAGACGAAGCCAAGAAACUGCUGGACCACUUGAAGGCUGAUGUAAGUAAGCAGUGUGACCAGAACAAGGUCGCAGCGGAGAAGCUGCGGGGCCAUCUCAAGGGUUACGAGGACAAGCUGAAGGACCUGGACAAUGCUCUGAAGGAGGCGGUGGACUUGCUGAAAAAAGCCAACACCCAAAACGGGCUCAAUGCUCAGACGUUGACAGAUCUGCAGAAGCGUAUCAAAGAUUUAAAAAAGGAACGUGAGGCUGUUGAGGACCAGAUGGCAACGGCGGAAAAAAAGCUGCAAUUAACAGAGGGCUUGGUGCAAGUACUAUCUGACGGCAAAAAAGAAUACGAACAGCUGGCAGCACAGCUGGAUGGUGCUAAGACUAACUUGAACAAGAAGGUGAAUGAGAUCGCCAAGGCUGCAGGCAAGGAGGAUAUUGUAAAACGUGCAGAGGAACACGCUGCGCGCCUUGCUAAACUGGCAAAGGAACUUGAGGAUGCGGUGAAGAAUGCAAGUGGACGCACUGAGGUGCGAAACGCCAAAGACGCUAUCGACGCCUACAAGAACAUCACAGAUGCAAUUAAUGCUGCUAAGGCUGCAGCCGAUGAGGCCAAAGAUGCUGCCAACAACGCCUUGAAUAAUGUAAAAAACCAGCAGCUCACACAAAGAGCAAAAGACCUGAAAGAGACUGGUGAGGAACUACUGAAAAACGCAAAGGACGCAGAGACAGAUCUUCAAGAUGCUUCAGACGACGUUACUGACCUGAAGAAGCGCCUGAAGAACGCUGAUAACAAGAAGAAAGUUCUUGAGAAAGACCUGUUUGAUGCACAGAACCAACUAAAUGACAUCAACAGAGAUGACAUCGGAGGUAUGAUCAAUGAAGCCAAAAGGAAGGCAGCUUUAGCCAAUGACACGGCCAGCGACACUAUGGACAAACUGAAUGCCAUCAGAAAGGAAAUGAAGAAGAUCAGUGUCACUCCCGUGGACUCCAACCUGAACAAUGUAUUGGAUGAUGUGGACCAGUCAGUGAAGAACUUGCUGAAAACCAUUCCAUCUCUGAAUGAUAAGAUCUCCGAGGUGGAGAACCUGACCUCGCAGUUCUCACCUAUUGGCAACAUAUCUGACAACAUCAAGAAGAUCAAAGAGCUCAUUGAACAAGCCCGGGAUGCAGCUAACAGGAUUGUGAUCCCGAUGCACUUCACAGGCGAAGGUCACGUGGAGAUGCAUGUGCCAAAGAAUGUGGAGGAUCUGAAGGCCUACACGUCCCUGUCUCUGUCACUGCAGAGACCUAUAGACAGGGGUGAUGGAAGACGCAGACGCAGACAGACCGGGAACAAAGGAGACAUGUUUGUGAUGUACCUUGGCAAUAGAGAUUCUUCUAAGAACUACAUCGCUAUGGUCCUGAGGAACAACGUGCUGUACGGUGUGUACAAGCUCAACGGAGUCGAGUACGAGAUGAAAACGGACUUUAUUAGCUUGUCCGAGUCUGAGCCGGCCACCUUCGAUGCAGUGGACCUACGCAGGAUUUACCAAGAUGCGCAGAUGAACCUCACCAAAGAUGUCUCUUCAGGUAAACCCGGUGUGCCUAUCAAGACCAACAAUCAAGGAGAAGAGAACAAGAACCUGCUGGACAUCAAUCCCACUAAUAUUGUUUUCUACGUUGGAGGCUACCCUGACAACUUCAUACUGCCGCCUUCUCUCAACUACCCCAAGUACAAAGGCUGCAUUGAGUUCAAAUCUUUUAACGACAAAAUCGUCAGUCUGUACAAUUUCCAAAAGGCAGUGGCGAUCAAUUUGGAGGAUCCAUGCAAGAGAUAUGUGCCUCCAAUUGUCGCUCACUACUACGAAGGCACCGGAUAUGGCAAAGUAGCUUUGGAUAGUCUCAAUCGCUUCGAGAUGAACAUCUUAAGUCGUUCAGAAAACAGUCUGCUCUUUUACAUGGGAACGGAGGACCAUUACUUCACUGUGACGAUAGAGAGGGGCAUCCUUUUCAUACGUAGUGAUUUGCUGGAAGCACCCGUUACAAACAACUUGAGAAUAUUCCCGAAAAAUGACUGGACAGAAAUCCUCACCAUUUAUUACAAGGGUACAUUGAAAGUCAUCAUAGAUAAGGGUGUUUAUAAGUUACAAGCCCAAGCUGUGCAUAUCGACACAUUUAAAGAUUUCUAUGUUGGUGGUGCUCCACAAAACCUGAGAGAAAGAAACAACAUCACCAUACAGCCAUUCAAAGGAUGCUUGAAGAAUUUGAAGUUCAAUAGUCAAAAUCAAGAAGUUGCCGAGUCAGUGGGCAUCAGCAAAGGUUGUCCCGAGGAUUCCUUGAUCGCUCGUAAAGCAGAGUUCAAUUUGGGGAGCUCCCUAUCAACUGACCUCGAAGGCUUUAGUCUGGCCAACGACGUCACUGUCUCCCUCGGAUUCAAGAGCACAGAGAAUCAGGGUCUUAUCCUGCAGGACAAAGAGCAGGCUCAUGGAAUGAAUCUGGUUUUGGAAAAUGGCCACGUGAUUCUCAAUUUCGACAACAAGAUGUGGAAAUCAAACGAACAAUAUCACGAUGGCCAGUGGCAUUAUUUGACUGUAACCAGCAGAGGAGGAAGGAUUCAGCUGGUUAUUGAUGACGAAGACAAAGGUCAGGAGCAGAGUGGCGGCACUUCCAUACCCAACACAGGUGGCUUCGUGUUCCUGGGAAGAGACACGUUCAAAGGAUGCGUUUCCAACCUCUACACAAGACGGGAAGCCAAUCUGUUCAUGGCUGAGGACCUCAGCACCUUCAAGACUUCUGGGGAUGUCAUGCUGGAUGUGUGUACUGCUGACAGUCUUCCUCAACUGAUGCUGGACCGUGCCUUUAAGAAGGAUGUUGUGAUGCAGGUGAUAAAUGAGAGUCUAUCGGCGUGUGCUUUACCAGCCCUGGUACACAAUGCUUAUCACCUGGGUGGCCCUGUUAGCAGCCUGAGCUACAGCCUUCCACUACAGGUCCUGCAGCCCAGGCCACACUUUUCUCUGGAUAUCAGGACUCGUGCGUCUGAAGGCCUGCUGUUCUUCGCUGCUACCAGAGGAGGACGCUCUCAUCUCGCUUUAUACAUAUCCAAAGGCAGGAUCAGACUGUCUGUGGGCAAACAGAAGGAGAUCUUCAACAGGGAGAAGUACAAUGAUGGAAAGUGGCACUCGGUCAUAUUCAGUUUGGAGAAGAAGAAAUUUCGAUUGGUUGUAGAUGGGAUCAGAGCCCAGGAUGGUCAGCUGACAAAUGCUGAGUUGACAUCUAUACAUCAAUUUGUGUCACCUGUGUAUCUGGGAAGUGCCCCAGAGUCCGUUCACAAAGAGCUAAAGUUGAAGGCCCUUCCAAAGCAAAGUGUGUCCGGCUGUAUCCGCAAUUUUAAAAUGAAUGGGGCUCCAAUGUCAAAUCCAACCACAAACCACGGUGCUGGCCCCUGCUUUGAGGGACAGACACAAAGAGGGGCUUAUUUCUCAGGGAAUGGAGCACAUGUCAUUAUCAAUGACUCCUUUGUUGCGGACACCGGCUUUGAGCUGCUCUUUAAUAUUCGUCCACGGAAUCCGACUGGACUCCUUCUACAUGUUGGUGCUUCCAGCAGGAACCAAUAUGGACCUGAAAUAGGCCACUAUCUCACUGUCUACAUGCUCAGAGGAGAGGUCGUGGCACGGGCGAACAAUGGCAGAGGAGAAUUCAUGGUGUCGGUGAAGCCAAAAUCUUCUUUAUGUGAUGGAAUGUUUCAUAAAAUUUCAGUAAUCAAGAGGAAGAAUGUUGUGCAACUUCACGUGGACACAAUAGACAAUUACAAGAUUGGACCACCAUCUUCCACUACACCUUUGACCAAAGACUCCUUGUAUGUGGGUGGCAUUCCUCAGAUGUCAAUGCAACAGACGCUUCCUGUCACAUCGUCCUUUGUGGGAUGCAUCCAGGACAUGAAGAUCAACAGCGACUCGAUCUCUUUCGACAGGCUGUCUGGUGUGUUCGGUCCAGUCAACCUCAAAGAGUGUCCAGGCUGAAAGUCUCAUUGCAUCAUCAUAAAAACAAACCUUGGGACCACGUCCACCGCCAUCCAUGUGCAAUCUGUUACCAAGACAGAGAAUGUGUUUGUGUGUAAGAAUGUAUAUUUUAUGAGGAGUGUGUGUGUGUGUGUGUGUGUGUGUGUGUGUGUGUGUGUGUGUGUCUGUGUAUGUGUGAGAGAGACUGUGUGUAAAAUAGAGAUAUGAGCAGCCACUUACCGGUUCAUAAUAUUUGCUGCUCGGUUAAACAUUUCUGUAUUUAUUUUGUGAUAAAAAUCACGUAUCAGGGCACCAAGUCACAUAUUCUAACAGUUGUUUUACAGUUUGAUGUGUUGGUCCAUUCAUCUGACAAUCAAAUGCUACUGAACAUGCUUGUGAUUGGUCAGGGCUGCAGGAGGAGCAAGCCAGCACUUUAAGAAAACAAAUGAUGCCUUUUGUGAUGGUGCUUUAAUGGAAAUCAACAUUAUUAGUUGAUUUUCUUUGUUUGUUUGUUGGAAAGAUUAUACUAGAAUAAUUAUGUUUACACCUACAGUGCUCAGUUCAUUGACAUAUCAGGAGCUGCCAAGCUGUUUUAUAUUCAUAUCCACAUACCAGCAUGGAGAAUUCUGCAUUUAAACUGGUUUAAUAGGGUUUUCACACAGGCUAUGAAAUCACAUGCUUUUUUUCCCCAUACUGUAUUACUGUUCUGAAUUAAUUUUCAAUUUUGCAUUCCUUUUUCAUGCAUGAGGAUGUUCUUUGUGGCUGUAAAUAUCAGUUACACAAGAAGACAGCAUGUACUGAAGUUUGUGCAUUGUCUAUGAGUUGAAAACCAAUAUAGAUGCCAUCAGCUAUAAUAAAUCUCACAUUGUAACGUUUGGGACCAGUUAGCCCAUAUUACUAUAAUGUUGAAAGUAAUAUAACAACUUGUAUUUGAUGCAUUUUAACUCCCCAGCAAGUGUUUACUUACCUGCUUUGUACAUGUGGAAAAAUAUGCAUGAUGUUUGGGCAUGAUGAUUUUUACAUGCAUUCCUGUCUUCUGACCACUGAUUUGUAAGCCAUUUUGUAAUUAAUGUUCUUUAUAAAUACUUUACUCAGUGCCAUAAGUAGAUCUUGAAAAAUAUAUUUUGAUUUGUGA